UGUGCACUCCACCACUAGUCUUGUUGUAUACUUAGCUCCCAUGGCGGCGUUACACCACCUACUCUUCUUCCUCGUUGUGGCGCUCGCCGCCAGCGGCAGCAACGGCGCCAUCGCCGCUGCGAGCGACGCUGACGAUGUGCAGCUGCGGAAGGUAGCCCUUGCACAGGCAGUCGAGGUCCUUUCCAGCUACCGCCCCGAGACCACGGAUGCGGAGACACUGAAGCGGGCGGUGGCGGCGGUGAACCGCGAGGCGCAGCGGUACUGGAAGCCCAUCUUCAAGAACGUCAACAAGGUGAUGGCCAGCGGCGCCGACGACCGCACCAAGGAGGCGGCGUUCGCCGCUGCCAAGGAGCUUCUCAACCGCGAGCUCGGCCAAGGCCCGGACGCCAUCAAGAUGGACUUCGAGUUCGUGUGACCUGCGUGCACGCAUGACGCAUCGCCACCUCUGCCUUUCUUUUUUUUCUUUUUUCCUAAGGCCUUAGCGUGCCAUGUCUCUGUCUGUGGUGUUGUUAGUCCUGCUGCUCCCUGCGGCCUGUCGUAGUUGUGUGAGGCUUGCUUGUAGCCUGUGUUCCCUUAGUCAGCGAGGUGGGUGUAAGCACGGAUUGGAUCACCUCUCAGUCUCUGUCUCGCGCAAGAACACACAGAAAGACAAAGGUUUUUGCGA